UCCCGUCCUGCCCCUCUGUCACCUGGCUGGACAGGUUACCCUCACUCCUCGCCAGGCACCCUCACCUGCCGCCACCCCCUCGCUACUGCAGCCUCAACGCGAGCCUUUGGAUUUUCUCGCGGUGACCUUUCUCGUCUUGACGGACGGAAGCUUACGUUGGGCACAGCAAGGCGAACGUUGCCAUGGCCGCCUCGUCGUGCAUCUGGCAGCUCGCCGGGCAGGACCUGUUACUUGCCCGCAGCCCAGCCGGCCACCAGUCACCACACUCCGGCUGUCCACGCAACAGCUCAGCUCGCUGCUCGCCUAGCACGCACUCCUCGUGAGCACCUCUACAGCCCGCCUUGCAGUACAUCUCCCGUGAUCCAGCCACUGCCUCUCGCCUUCCCGCAGGGCAUUUGACAGUCCCACGUGGGCACCGCACCACUCAAGCAGAAGCGUCAGUAUCCGUGUCUGGUGCUUCGAUCUUGCCGGUGCCAUCCACCGCCGCCACUCCACCUCACCUCCACGUCAUUCCUCCACCAUCUCUGCUAUGGCAUACACGCGGCGCCAGUGGCUCAUCCUGGUGGUGUUCAGCAUCGCACAGUUCUGUAAUGCAGUGUGUGUGUCGCUGCAGGCGCCCUUCUACCCGGGAGAAGCAGAGCGGAAGGGGGCCACGGCCUCGCAGUACGGCCUGGUGUUCGGGGUGUUCGAGCUGACAGUGUUCUUGGUGAGCCCCGUGUAUGGCCGUUUCAUGACCCGAUGGGGCGCCAAGUUCAUCAACAACUCCGGCAUCUUCACCGUGUCCGUCAUGUGCAUCCUGUUCGGCUUCCUGGACCGCAUCAACGACACCGACGCCUUCAUCGGCUGCUCCUUCGCUGUGAGAAUCGUGGAGGCGAUGGGCAACGCCGCCUUCAUCACCUCCGCCUUCAGUAUCAUCGCUAAGGAGUUCCCUAAGAACGUGGGGUCUGCCUUCGCCACGAUGGAGACUUUCUUCGGGGUGGGCCUCAUCGUGGGCCCCACGGUGGGCGGCGCCCUCUACGAGCUGGGCGGCUACACCUUGCCCUUCGCCGCCAUGGGGGGCGUCCUGCUGGGAGCGGCCACAGUCACCACUUGUUUCCUUCCAUCUGAGGGCGCUGAGGCGAGCACUGAGUCCCAGGCGAGCCGCGGUCACUUCUUCGCCGCCAUCAAGCUGCCGUCCAUCGUACUGGCCUGUUUCGCCAUCAUCUGUGCCUCCAUCAGCAUCGGCUUUCUGCAGGCCACCCUGGAGCCUCACCUGCGCCCCCUCAACCUCACGCCCGUGCAGAUGGGACUCAUGUUCAUUCUGAACGGCUCCACCUACGCGCUGCUGGCACCCUUCUGGGGCAAGAUGUGUGAUAGCUACUUGUCGCCCCGCACGCUCAUCACUUUCGGCGCCGUGGUUGUGGCAAUUGCUUUCACAUUCAUUGGGCCGAUGCCCUUCGUGCCUCUCAAUCUUAGCCUCGCCCUCUGCAUCGUCUCUCUCAUCGUGCACGGCAUUGGAUUCGGCGCCGUGCUGGUGUCCACAUUCGCCGGCGCUCACCGGGACGCCAUAGCCUACGGCUUCCCCGACGACCUCAGCACAUACAGCCUCGUGUCUGGCAUCUGGACCUCGACCUUCGCCCUGGGUUGCUUCAUUGGGCCGUCAGCUGGUGGCGUCCUCGUGGACUACAUUGGGUUCCCCUGGACCACCGUGAUCGUAAUGGUCCUGCAUAUCCUGGUGGCCCUCAGCACGGGGUUGUACCACUGCUGCUCCUCGCCCCCCGACACCGUGUACCCGCCCGUGCACGACAGUCUGGCUCGCUCCAAAGACGAGCGACAGUCGCUGCUCGUGCCAGGCCACGACGAUGACGACUCCACGUACGGAAGCGCCGGCUCUUCUAGGGAGAACCUUGGCACGCUUCCCUGAGUCACUGAGUCUUCUUUUCCUCGCUGCAACCCUUCCCCCGCCAGUCUCCGGGGACGGUAGGUGCAGCAGAGGGCGCGGAUCUCCAUAACCGGCGGGAUCCUCGACGCGGCCGCGUGACCUGAGAAGUUCAAAGCGCUGGAUGGCGGCGCGGGCGCGAGGACACUGCCUGCAGGCCGCCCAUCACUGCUUGAAGGCGCGGUGCGGCCACUGUACACUCACUCCACUGCGGCGCUCCCGGCCCACCCAUGUAAGGCGGCUUCGAGGCGCGCGGUGCCGGAACGACUAUUUGCUCAAUUUGUGCAUAAUGUAUGUUUAUUGUUAAUUGUUGUGUGUAGAUGUAUAUAUAUAUCUAUAUAUUAUAUAUUAUAUAUUAAACCGAACGAGAA